GUUUGCUCCCGGUGGGAAGCGAGCAGUUCCUAAGUUCCUAAGUUCCUAAGUUCCGGUUCCUAAGUUCCGUUCCUUAGUCGGCUCUUGAUCGCUGAGCCGCCGCUACUCUCUUACUUCCCGACUGAUUCCAGGACCCUGCCACCACCACUAGGCUGUUUUCCCAGCCACGUGAUCUCUUGACCUAGCUCCUACGGGCAACCUUAUCGUUCCAAAUUCGAGCCAGGGAUGUAAGAUGAGGCAAGUCACCCCAACCUCAUCCCGGAUCUGAGCAUCCUCAUUACGGAAGUGACCGAAACUAGCUAGCUCCAGGGGGAUGAGAUGGCAGAAGUUCCCACCUAAUAUUUCUAUGUGCGGGCCUGAACGCCACAUCCAGUUGCUCUAAAAACUGAAACUCUAUCCUUGAGAUUUGGGAGGAUCCUUUCUCGUUCUCACAUCGGCUCGUCCUGAAGACCCCACAUGACUUCUCCAUGCUCUGUCCCCCUAAAACCCACAAUCCCCCCAGUAACCCAAGACCCCAAUAUUCCACCUCCUUUACCCCCAGAUCCUCUGGACUUAGCUUUGCCAUCCCCUCCCUGUAGUCUCCAGGCUUCAGUUCCACCCCCACCCCCACCGCCUCCUCCACCCUCUACUGUGGAGGUUGCUCCCCCUCAUGUCUACGGCUUGGAGAAGAGCCGGCUGCUGAAGGAGGCCUUGGAGAAGGCUGGCCCAGUCCCCAAAGGCAGAGAAGAUGUGAAGAAGCUCCUGAAGCUGCACAAAGACCGGUUUCGAAAUGACUUGCAAUGGAUCCUCUUUUGUGCCGACCUACCGUCGCUCAUCCAAGAAGGCCCUCAGUGUGGACUGGUGGCCUUGUGGAUGGCAGGCACUCUUCUGUCAACCCCGGACACUGACAGUGUCUCUCUGGAAAGACUGGUGCAGGUAGCCAUGGAGAGAGGCUACACGGCACAGGGAGAGAUGUUCUCUGUGGCUGAUAUGGCCAAACUGGCCCAGGAGACCUUGGACUGCCAGACUGAGCUCCUCUGUGGUGGCCUGGGUGGUCCCAACAGAGAUCGGGUCCUGCAGCACCUCAUCACUGGACAUCCCUUGCUCAUCCCCUAUGAUGAGGAUUUCAACCAUGAACCGUGCCAAAAGAAAGGCCAUAAAGCCCACUGGGCAGUGAGCGCAGGGGUCCUGAUAGGUGUGCAGAGUGUACCGAUAUUUGGCUACACGGAAGACUCUGAGUUGCCAGGCCUUUUCCACCCAGUGCCUGGCACACCCUACCAAUCACCAUCCCUCCCAGAGGAGAGCUCUCCAGGUGCCAUCUUCCUUCUCUCCAAGCAGGGCAAGAGUUGGCAUUACCAGCUGUGGGACUACAACCAAGUCCGGGAUAGCAACCUGCAGCUGACAGACUUCUCUCCUGCCAGGGCUGCUGAUGGAAGGGUGUACGUGGUACCUGCUGGUGGGGUACAGGCUGGCCUCUGUGGCCAGGUCCUGCUGCUUAGACCACAGGAGUAGAGCCAUUAGCUGGGGCACCUGCCUUGAAGUGCCCUCCAUCACCAUUACAGUGCCCCAGCUUCAUCCCCUGUGUGACUUCUAUAGUCCAGCCUGUAUCUUGAGGGCCUUCUGCCUUCUGCUAGAAAUCUCUCACACAGUCACCCCAUCUAUGGCGUCACAAGCUUGACCACUGUCCAAAGUCUAAAUUCAUCACUUGCAGGAUUAAGCAUGCCUUUGGUUAAGGGAGACUUUUUUGGGUUUUUGUUUUGUUUUGUUUUUCGAGAAAGGGUUUCUCUGUGUAUCUCUAGCUGUUGUGGAACAAUUUGUAGACCAGGCUGGCCUCAAACUCACAGAGAUCCACUUGCCUCUGCCUCCUGAGUGCUGGGAUAAAGGCGUGCACCACCACCACCUGGCCCUUUGAGGGCAUCUUUUAAGACACUGUCAGUUCACUGAACAUCUACAAAAGCCUGGACCCUGUUAACCUGACCCCCAUCUCCACGUUUACUCACAGAACAGAAAUUAACCCAACUCCCUUCUUGGCUUACCCAGACUAUCACUCACCUGCCUGACAGCCAUGGUGGCGUUCAGAUACCAAGACUGUAGGCACCAACACCAGCCCUGAGCUGGUAAGAUGGCUAAUGGGCAAAGGUGGUGCCAAGCCUGAUGACCCAGGGACCCAUGUAGUGGAAGGAGUGAUUUCCACAGGUUGUUACCUCACCUCCACUUGGUUGCUGUGCACUCAACACAAAUUCAAAUAGAAUAAAAGUUUUUAAAAGCUUAUUUCCCCUAACUUUUCCAUCUUGGCUCCAAUAUCAUUUCCUCUUCAGAGUCCCCAGGACCCCUCUCCUUCCACGUAGGAUAAGAGAGGAAGAGGAAUAUGAUGUAGAUUUUUGUUAAAGAUUUAUUUAUUAUGGAUAGUGUUAUCCAUAGUGUAUUGUGGAUAGUGUUGUACAUGGUGCCUGCAUAUAUGUCUACAGGCCAGAAGAGGGCACCAGAUCUCAUUAUAUAUGGGUUUUGAGCCAUGUGGUUGCUGGGAAUUGAACUCAGGACCUCUGGAAGAGCAGCCAGCGCUCUUCAUCUCUGAGCCAUCUCUCCAGCCUGUUUGUUUUGAAAGACAGGUCUUGUUAUGUUAUGCAGUCCAGGUUAGCCUUGCAUAUGCCACAUCCUGCCCAAGGCUGGGAUAGUGGUGUAGGCCUAUGAUCCCAGCAUUUGGAAGGUAGAGACCAGAGAACCAGUUCAGGCUCAUCAUUGCUAAGUGACAAGUUCAAGGCUAGCUUGAACUGUGACUCUUAAAUCACAUAGGAAGCAGCUGUGUGUGCCUCCUACUUUAUCUGUCCUAACGAACCAACUAUAAAGAAAGUAAUUGGCACCUGGUACACCCACUCAGGAGGGGAGGAACAAGUCUGGGGUGCUGCGAUGCUCCCAGCAAAAGAUCACACUUUAGGGGAGGCGUAUGGUACAGUAUGUAGUCACCAGCGAGUGGGGUGCGCAGCAGUCUGAAUCCUGACCUGAUAUUUGGUUGGCACUGGGAGCCCUGUAACUAGCACAGAGCCAGGCCCAAGAGACUAGCAAUACCGGCUAGGCAUGGUGGCACACACCAUCUCAGUACUCUAGAGGCUGAGUCAGGCGGGUCAAGGUAAGUUUGAAGCAAGCCUGGGCUACACUGUGAGUACCAAACAGUUUUGGGCUACAGAACAAGCCCCUGUCUCAAAACAAAAAAUAAAA